AUGGCCAGUCUCUUGCGCUCUUACAACGCCGCAUUGUAAGUUGCAAUGAUCAUCCUCCCCCGCAACGGCUGUCUCCGCACUCGACCUUCGCAAUCCGAGCGGAGCUACGAGCUGCAGACCUUAUUACUGAUAGCCCGUUUUUUUCCCUUAGAGUGGCGAGACCCUACCUGGCCGGAUCAGCUACUGCAGGUACAUAACGCCUCACCAAAUCCUAUCCGGGACCUUCUACAGCUCCGCACAGGCCGAAAGACACACUCGGCGACCGAGCAAUCUGACCAGAGAGAGAGCUGAUCCCGAGCUGUCCAUCACUACAGCUACCCUGUUCGGAGCAGGCGAUGUCUUGGCUCAACAGGCCGUGGAUAAACAAGGCAUGAAUCAUGAUGUGAGUAUUCCAUGUGCACGUCGGGGUCUUGCUCGUCCACCUUUCGCGAUUUCGUGCGAGCUCCAGGUCCAACCUACGUCAUCGACCCGUGUCGUCGCACCAUAGGCCUCGUGGAUCAAACUGACACCGAGACCUCCUCAACUGCGCUGAGUUCAGGUCGUACGAACAGCUCGUCUUGCUUUGUAUGGAGGUGAGCAAUCCCACAACGCCAUCACCUCGUCAACGAACCAGUCCCCUCGUCCAAUUUUGUCGCUCUCGGCUAAUCUCGUCGGUCUCCGCUUCAUUCUCCAAUCAGGUGUCAUCUUUGCCCCUGUCGUGACGAGGUGGUACCAAAUGCUCGAGGGGAUCAAACUCAAGUCCAAACCAGCUCGUACGUCUCGGAUCGUCCACCUACGUUGUCCGUCUAUCUUACGUACUCUCGUCGCUACUCCACCCCCUAAACCCUUACAGUCGUCGCCACCCGCGUCGGCUUGGACCAAUUCGUCCUCACCCCCGUCCUCGUCAGCGUCUUCUACACCUCCAUGGCCCUCUCCGAAGGCCAAGGGAUCCAAGGCGCGAAAGAACGCGUCCGUUCCGCUUGGUGGCCGACGUUGCAGAAAAAUUGGGGCUUGUUCAUUCCCGUACAGAUUGCCAAUUUCGCGAUCGUGCCCGCGCAUUUGAGGUUGGUGUUGGUCAAUGUGGUGUCAUUGUUCUGGAAGUGAGUACAUGCUUCCGAUUAUCAUGUUACGGUUCGCUUCUUUGACUGACGCGAAGCUCUUCUGCUGUCCCCUCCUGUAGCGCCUACUUGAGUUAUGCCAACUCGAAAUCUUCGACGACGGUCGGCAAGAUUGAGGAAAAGAGAAAAGCCUUGCUCGAGUGA